UUUCGAUUUUGGUUAAGAGAUUUGUUUCAAGAUGGCAGCGCCCAAGGUGAGUGUCCUGGAAUCGGAAACUGAAGUAUCGAUUAAGCUGUGCGACCUAGUGAUUGACAAGGCUAACAGUGCAAUUCAGAGAGAUGGAAAAUUUACAGUUGGGCUUUCAGGAGGAAGUCUGGCCAAGUUUCUAUGUAAUGGUUUACCUGGUAGACAGACAGACUGGAGUAAGUGGCAGGUGUUCUUCUGUGAUGAGAGGCACGUUCCGUACACAGAUCCUGAGUGUACCUACACCAUCUACAAAUCAAAACUAGUCGACAACGGAGGACCGCUUCCGGGAGAAAACAUAUUUCCUAUCAACCCCGACAUCUCAGUGGAGGACGCAGCUAAGGAAUAUAAAGCUAAGAUCCUGGGGGUGUUUGGGGGAGGAGACACACCUCGUUUUCACCUCCUACUUCUUGGGAUGGGGCCAGAUGGGCACACAUGUUCACUCUUUCCUAAUCAUCCUCUUCUACAGGUAACAGAUGAGAUAAUUGCCUCCAUCAGUGACUCACCAAAACCUCCUCCCAGUAGAGUUACCAUGACUUUUCCUUUGAUCAAUAAUUGUGAAUGUGCUAUAUUUGCUUCCUGUGGAGCAGGAAAGGCAGACAUCGUAAAGAAAGUGUUAGAGAGUGACAGUGGUGAUCCCCUCCCUGCAGCCAGAGUUCGUCCGACCAACGGGGAACUGAUCUGGCUGUUAGACAAAGCUGCUGCCUCACAACUCAAAACGCAGUCCAAUAUCUGAAAUGAUCUCUGAAGUCAUGUCAGCAAAUCAAAACACACUCUAAUAUCUGAACUGAUCUCUUAUGUUAUAAAGGUCAAUGAUGAAAUAACACUGUGUGGGAAAGUCGAGUGGAAGUAAAACAUUUCAUUGUCCUUUUCCUUAUACAUAUAUCUUUAUACAUGUAUGUGUAAUCUUUUACACAAAGUUCACUGAGUAUAUAACAUUUCUCUUUUGUCUCUUUAAUAUACUGUGAUGAACAUGUUCUUGUAUAAAACCCUGUUAUAAAACGUACAAUGUACAUCUAAAGUUCAUUAAAAGAACCUCUAAUUUUGUUUGGUUUCGUGUGUAUGUGUUACAGAAUAAUUUUAACUCAGAAAUAAAUCCUGGAUUCUUUCUAAUGUUACUAGAUGUAAAAUAAAUGAACUGAUUCAAAAUGCAAAUCAUA